AUGUCGGCGGCGCAGGUACGAUCGGGAUUCUUGACUGGCUUUACCGUGUUUGAUUUUUCAGUUGGGCUGGUUGUGCCGGUGCUUUGCAUACUUUUUACGGCGGCGGCGGUGCUGGUGAAUUUGCUGCAAGGUCGUGAGGAGAAGAGCGCGGAAAGACAAGACGUGGAGAAACGAGAUGUUGAAGAGGAGGCACAGGGCGAGAAGCUGGAGGGGACAUGCGACACGGUUCAAAUAUUCGUGGAACUUGAAGCAGGCGAAGAGGUUUAUGGGAGAGACAAGAGGAGCAAGGCGUAUGAUUUCGGUGGUCGGAUGCGAAUCAGCUGA